AUGCAUUUAAACCCAAUACUGGCUCUAUUCCUCUCACUUGUCCCGCUCGCUUUGGCUUUAGAACAUGCUGGUGUAGAUAUGGAUCUGUACACCUCAGUCGACUCAGAUGUUAGAGCAGGGAAAUCGCACUUUCGGGCUCCCCCGAGAGAAAAUUUGUCGGACGAUAUGAGACGCAGGGUAGAAUGGCCUGGAAACAAGAUUCUUAUACCGAGUGCUCAUCAGUCAUAUUUUACAAGGCCAGCUGCUUUCGGGCUUAGACGCGUUGAAGACGAGGGCUUGUGGGGUACACUUAUCCCCAUUCAAGCGUUUCUGGAGACCAACAAUAACUAUGGAUGUAUACCCAAAGCUUCAGGUGUUCAUCUGGCAAACAAGGUGCACUGGGAAAAGUCGAUCGAUCAAACUGUGAAAGGCAAGCCCAAAAACAAGCACCCACCAUCAGAUUGGGUAGCCUUGAUGGAGCGGGGAGUAUGCUCCUUUGAACAAAAAGUCAGACUCGCUCAGAGUAUGGGAGCCAAAGCGGUGGUGGUGGGGGAUUACAUGGAGCAAGAUUACGAAGAUGACCCUAUGAAUAUUCGAGUAUGGGGCGAUAUAUCGCAACAAGAUGCCAGCAUCCCCCUCGUGAUGUUCCCCGAUGGUGAUGCGUCAGAUAUUAGUAUCCCAUCUUGCUUUGUGAUCCGGAGCAGUUAUUUGGAACUAAUGGAAUUUGCUUCGUCUGGCGUCCGUGUGGGGCUCUACCUAGAUGCAAGUUUGGAUGGCUCAAUGUGGGAAGAAGUAGGCUUAUUGAUUUUCCUUCUCCCGUCCAUUUUUGCCCUUUCUGCGAUCUUGCUCCAAAAUGCGCGAGAGGCCGUGAAGAGAUUUCGCGAGCGUGCUUCUGUAUACAUGAUCAAAUCUCUUCCAUGCUAUAGAUGGCACUCGAACGGAACAUGGGACCGGCUGCUACCGAGCGAAAUACCUGACCAGCAACCGAGGAGCUAUGCACUGUGGAGCAUGCACCAGAUGGAUAUGGUGGUACUCUAUAUGAAACGUAUGUUUUCAAGGGGCUCUGCAGAGCAAGAAUUAUUCAUUCCGGACGCUGAAGGGACGAUUUAUGAUACUGCCUCUCACCGACAAAGUGGGGGUGUGAUAAGUAUCACUAACGCAUCCAAUCCUCGUUGGUAUGUACAAGAUGAUUGUCCUAUCUGCUUGUCGAAUUUUGAAGAUGGGGAUCGUGUUCGUGUCCUUCCCUGUGGUCAUAUCUUUCAUCAAGACGAAAUAGACGAUUGGCUCACAGGAACGCGACGCCUGUGUCCUACUUGUAAGCAGGACAUACUUAUCAGAUGA